GUUUGGAAUUUUGCGCUGCUUCUCCGGUUAAAUUUCGUCCGAAAUGACUUCAGCCGAGGAAGUGGACCCGGUGCUCACGGCCAAGCAGACCCUCAUGUUGGCCCUGGGUGAAAAGUGGCCCCUCUAUUUGGCCAACAUGAAGCUGUGGUUUCGCAAAAAAUCCUCCAAGGAAGAAUUCGAUCUCGAGUGCCGCAAGCUAUUUAGCUCGGAUCAGAUGCACCUGCAUAACAAGUUCCUGUUGGCGAUCCUGAACAAAAUCGAUGCCGUUUCACCUCCGCAAAGUGUCAGCAGCUACGGAACCGAGUCCAGCCACGGUAAGAGUGGCAGCUCCAAGAAGCGCAAGCGAUCAUCCAAGUCUUCGUCGGAUCGUGCCACUUUCGAACCGGCAACGGUGCACGACUUCAUCCCGAAGGAACUGGUCGACUACGAACAGAUGGCGAGUCAGAGCGCAACGAUUCCGACGAUUCGGUAUGCGGUUCAGGAGCUGUUCCUGCCGGACAAUGGGCUCGUUUUGGGACGAUUGCUGGUGGGAGCGUGGGAGAACGGUCUGCUGAAUGUGGAUGAAAAUGCGGUGGAGCUGAUUGUCCACGCAGUCCAGGUACUGCUGAAGAACAUCCUGAUGGCGGUCAUCACCAAGAGGAAGCACUUCAGGACGACGGCAAAUGGGACCUUUGCGUACGACAUUGGCCAUCAGUUGGUCCAUCCGUUCAAUAGGAAUACCGUUACCAAGGCCAAAAUCGACGACGAACCGAUGGAGCUGGACAAGGAAAUAACGACCGUUUGCUACCUGAAGCCACCGCCCGGAGAGUCGAUGUUUUUGGCGUCCUGUGGGGAACCCUAUCCAAAUCAGAAUAAGAGGAUUUCGGUUUACGAUGUGUACAGGACAUUGCUGAACCGGAGCGUCAUUCCGUCGCAUUCGGUCUACUCGAUGAACAUGGAGCGGAUAUCGAGUCUGUUGUCCUGAGCGCUUCAGGCGACGAAGUUUAGGUAAGUUUGAUGGAUCUUCUCGCUUUAGUUGUUUAAUUUGUUUAGAAGAGUAGAUAUACCUAUGUGUAAUAUAG